GGUAGUUGUUGGUUGUUACUCCAUGAACCAUGGUGUGCAACUUUCGACCAACCAUAGGGUAUGGUUGUCACUGGGGAUGAAGCCAAGAAAGAGAUUGGGCCGUGCAUGGAGAGCCCUCCAAGACCUCGAAGAGUGGGUACUUUCAGAUAAGUUUUGUGGGCUCACACCAACCAUUCCUCUUGUCAGUCUGUUUCGUGUAGGAAAUUGCCUGGAAGCCGUUCCUGACCGUGCUAAAAAGGCGCCCCUUUCUUGCUUAACGAACACUUCACUUCUUCCUUUCUUUCAGUCUCAAAGAAGCAGCUUUCGCAGUUCCCCUAUUCAGUGACGAUGGCUAUCGUGAAGAUGGUGAUGGCUCUGGUUAUCAUGGCAGCGAGCCUUGGAGGGAAGUGGGUCGGAGCCCAAGUGCACCAUGUGGUCGGAGGUGACCGUGGGUGGGACCCUUCCUCUGACGUGGCAUCUUGGUCCUCGGGUAGGAGCUUCAGGGUCGGAGACAAAAUCUGGUUCGCCUACUCUGCAGCACAGGAGAGCAUCAUUGAGCUCAAGAGCAAGGAUGAAUACGAGUCGUGCGAUGUAAGCAACCCCAUAAGGAUGUACACAGACGGCUUAGAUGGAAUCCCAUUGGAUGGGGAAGGGACCCGAUACUUCGUAAGCAGCAAGCCUGAGAGCUGCAAGAACGGCCUAAAGGUAAACGUGGAGGUUCUGCCUUCCGGGACCGCUGUGAUGGAGAAGCCCAAAGUUGCAGCGUCGUCAGAGAACUCCAUUUCGACCAUGGCUGCGGCGGCGCCCACUACCCCUUCCGGAUCAGUUAAGAUUUACGGAAGCUUUUUGUUGUUAUCGGUUGCGCUUUGGCUUUGCCUUAUGGCCUCCUUCACCUUUUAAGUUUCAAGCUAUGUUUUGUUUACCUAAUGCUUUCAGAGUUCAGAUGUAAAAACUCGCAUGGAGCUUGAAAUGUUGUUCUACUUUUAAUCUCUAAAUGAUUUUAGUCUCAAUGCCUUAGCCAUUUUGCGGAAAA